CUAAGAAUUCAGGAUAUAUAAAGUUCCGGCUUCAACCUUCACUAAUACAUAUAUGAACAGAGCAGAAUAUGUGUUCUAACUUUUAUCUUGAUCUUUUAGAAGGCUGGUUUUUCAACGUUUGAUGUCACAUUCCUGCUUCCGGAGAUUUGAAUGUCAUUUAUGUUUUCAGGAGGUAGAUAUCGCAAACAAACCAAAAUCAACAUGAACUAAUGUUAAUAUAGUUUUUCCUCAUUUGCUUGUACAAUCUUACCCAGUCAGAAAGUGAAAUUCACAGUUGUUUUCGAGCUAAAAUGACAUGUUGUUUUGUCUUUUUCGUUUGCAGAGGACAUUAGAAGCAACAUUAGAAUUCCACAAUGGAGGAUUUUUCCGUCAGCACGGUUGAGAUGGUGUGCCUGGGAACCAGCAUGGCUUUAUCUGGUCUUUUUUUCUACAUCUACAGAAAGAAACGCAAAACAGUCGUCAAGCUUAAUGAGGCUCCUCGCUUGCCAUUAGAUGGGGAACUGGCUGAAAUUUUGAAUUCCACACCUGGGAAAUGUCUCCAAUACGUUGUCAUUGAAGGGGCAGUCCAGCCUGUAGGAGAGCCCCUCAGAAGCCAGUUCCAGGAGGGGACGGUUGGAGUGGUUCAGAAGCUGGUGCUGAAGGAGCACAAACUGGUGUGGAACAGUCUGGCACGGGCCUGGACGGACAGUGAGAGGAUCAUGCACGAGCGGAUCAACUCGGUGCCCUUUAAUCUGGUGGGUGCCGACAGGGCGGCGGUGCGCGUGCUCUGCCCGCUGGAGGCCUCGGGGCUGGACGCCGAGAUCAUCCACGAGAAGUUCCACCAGGCCAGCUACGGCUUCACCGACAUCAUCAGCCAGUACCUGAGCGGGGAGAAGCCCAAGGGCCAGCUGGAGACGGAGGAGAUGGUGAAGGUGGGGGCCACGCUGACGGGCGUGGGCGAGCUCAUCCUGGACGCCGACCGCACGCUGAAGCUCCGGCCCCCAACCAACGGCUCGGCGUUCUUCCUCACCCCCACCGACUACGAGGCCAUGUGCCUGGAGCAGGAGGGCCAGGCCACCAUCUGGAGGGUGCUGGCCUCGCUGUGUGCACUGGCCGGCGCCGCCGUGCUGCUGUGGGCCGCCCAGAGGUACUACCGCCACCUGCAGGCCAGGAGGGAGCAGGACAGACUGCGCAGGGAGUUCAAAGAGAUGGCGGCUGGCGGCGACGACGACGACGAGGCGGAGCCUGCGGCCAACGCCUGCAUCAUCUGCAUGAGCGAGCCGCGCAGCUGCGUCCUGCUGGACUGCGGGCACGUGUGCUGCUGCUUCAGCUGCUUCCAGGCCCUGCCUCAUCCCAGCUGCCCAGUCUGCAGGCAGCCAAUCAGAAGGGUGGUUCCGCUCUACCAGGCCUGACCCGAGCGUCCGACCCGCCCACAGCCACAGUUCUGCCGUCAGUGCCACAGCGACACACUGUAGACAAACAGCUGCUGUGUACGGAAAAUGUGAAUCAGAGAGCUCCAAGUUUACUUCUCUCUCUUGAUCAUUUUACCUUCGGAAUCAUAUAUGUACUGUAUAUGUUUAAUAAUUGAAUCAGGAAUUUUACCUCUUUCAGAAAAAACAUGGAUGAGUUUAUUUUCUUACUCUUUAUAUGUACAGGGUGCCUUAAGAAAAUUCUGUUGCUGCUUCUUGUCGACACGUUGCAUAAAUAACAGUGAUGCAAAUGAGAGACAAGCCGGUUGUGUAAAGAAGACGUUUACAUUUUGUCUGCUCUAUAACAUUUCUAUUUUGGUCUUUUUCUUUCUGAAGAGAGAGAUAAGUGUAAUCGUAACUGGGUCCGCCAGGGCGUUUGGAACGGCCUUUUCUGUCAAUAAAUCAAUAACGAGGACAUCGGCCAUCUUGAAGGAGGCUGCAUCGUG